UGAUGAUGAUGGAGUUGAUGAAGUCGGAAAUAAUUUUGUUGACCUAUGUUCACAGACUUUCCUGUUAGUUACCCAAGAAUGGAGAGUGGAGAGAACUUGUUCAACGUGUUUGUUGUUACCGAUGCCCAUCUGUCUAGCAAGAGUAAUGGAUGCUAUUGACAGAUAGUGGAAAUUUACUGAUCAGGGGUCAGGGAACUGCCUUCAAUAGCAUUGAACACUCUCAGAUUAUAGUCCUAAUUAACCAGGACUAUAGCUCUUACUAAGCAAGCAGCCCCAUCCAGAAUUGGCUUCCCACACGGAAAACUCAAUAUAUACUAAAUAUAAUGUCAAGAUAUAACAUAUCCGUGUGUUGCCACGCCUACAUGCCCUGUUCACUCGUCGGCAUGCCGACCUCUCUCAUUCUUCUGUGUUUAUUCCCGGAUGAGGAUGAUGACGAUGUUAUCGAUGAGGCAUUGAUCUGGACUCACUCCAUGAACGUGUUGAUGGAAAUCAAUAUAGACCAUCUGAGACCCAAAUGAGACUGCAAUGUUCACACCAUGCAUUACAUUCGAUCAGAAGAUAACUGUAAUGUUUACACCGUGGAUUACAUUUGAUCAGAAGAUAACUGUAAUGUUCACACCAUGCAUUACAUUCGAUCAGAAGAUAACUGUAAUGUUUACACCGUGGAUUACAUUUGAUCAAAAGAUAAUUGUAAUGUUUACACCGUGGAUUACAUUUGAUGAGAAGAUAACUGUAAUGUUUACACCGUGGAUUACAUUUGAUCAGAAGAUAAUUGUAAUGUUUACACCGUGGAUUACAUUUGAUCAGAAGAUAACUGUAAUGUUUACACCAUGGAUUACAUUUGAUCAGAAGAUUAUUGUAAUAUUCACACCGUUGAUUACAUUUGAUCAGAAGAUAAUUGUAAUGUUUACACCGUGGAUUACAUUUGAUGAGAAGAUAACUGUAAUGUUUACACCAUGGAUUACAUUUGAUCAGAAGAUAAUUGUAAUGUUUACACCGUGGAUUACAUUUGAUCAGAAGAUAACUGUAAUAUUCACACCGUGGAUUACAUUUGAUCAGAAGAUAACUGUAAUGUUUACACCGUGGAUUACAUUUGAUGAGACGAUAAUUGUAAUGUUUACACCGUUGAUUACAUUUGAUGAGAAGAUAAAUGUAUUGUUUACACCGUGGAUUACAUUUGAUCAGAAGAUAAUUGUAAUGUUUACACCGUGGAUUACAUUUGAUCAGAAGAUAACUGUAAUGUUUACACCAUGGAUUACAUUUGAUCAGAAGAUUAUUGUAAUAUUCACACCGUUGAUUACAUUUGAUCAGAAGAUAAUUGUAAUGUUUACACCGUGCAUUACAUUUGAUCAGAAGAUAACUGUAAUGUUUACACCGUGGAUCACAUUUGAUCAGAAGAUAACUGUAAUGUUUACACCGUGGAUUACAUUUGAUCAGAAGAUAAUUGUAAUGUUUACCCAGUAUUUGUACCACAUCUUUCCUGAAAUGUACUUACUUUUUCCAUGUAUAAAUGAAAGAACACAAUACAUAGCCAAAUCGGAUAUGCAAUAUAUGCAAUGCCAAACAUGCCAUUGUAUGAGGCAAAUUGAACGCGACAAUGAUUGCUUCUGUGGAAAGAACAGUUUCUGUGGGCCGAAACCAUAAUGGCAAGGGACACAUACUGCCAUACAUGUUGUGCACACUGUAUUGAAACAAUAAUAAGAGUGAUGAAAACAUGAUGUUCUGUGAACAAAGCACUUUACAUUUCAAACAAACAGUGACAUUUUACAUUUAAGUGAUUUAGCAGACAUUCUUAUGCAGAGUGACUCAAAGCAGUGAGUGGAUACAUCUUAUCCUUUUCCAUACUGGCCUCCCAUGGAUUUUCUUUUUAAACAAACAUAGCAGACAUUUGUGUUAGAUAAGCAGUACAGUAAAUAGAUUUUUUUUACUGAACUGUACAAGACGUAUUUAUAACUAAAUGUUUUAUAUGAAGUUGCAACCAACUCAACACUAUUUGGUGCUUUUAGAAGCAAAAAUAAUGAAUUGACUAGAAUUUACAUAUUCUGUUCUGCAUCACUGUUAUAGACAAAGGUGGUAUCAGGUCCAACUGUCUCUUAUCGAGACUUUUACUGGCACAAUUGUCAAUGACUGGUCAUGUACGAGUGAAAACAGCGGGUGAUAGAAGAGUGGAAAGACACUCUGAAGGAAGAUGUAUGUAAAUGUAUGCAACUGUGUGUUACUGACAGGGUCAGAGAAAGACAGGUUUCCUCUGUCCAUGUCCAGCUGCACUCUGAUAAUCUGGGCUUUCUGCUU